AUGCUGAGCUUCUUCACGAGCGAGACCUUGGAGCAGGACUACGGUGGCCGCACGGUGAGCUUGCUCUCUCUGCGGAACGACAACAGGCAACUGCCGCAGUCGUUCGACUGUGAGCGGUGCGAAUUCAAGAGCGGCACCUGGGCAGACGCCAAGAGGGCGCACAGGAAACGACUGCAAGAGGCCGCUGCCCUCGAAGAGGCCACUGCUGCAGCAGCACCUGCCAAGCCCGACCACCACAGCCACCAGGCCUUGACGCAAAUGCCCGCUGAGAUUCUCUUGACGAUCAUCGACACUCUCGAAUUCAGGGAUCUAACUGCCUUUGCGCAGGCUUGGACUCGUGUCAGCGACCUCAUCGCACAGGCGGAUGUUGUUCGGCUGCGGGAGUUGCAGUGCUUCUGCACCAAGGCCAACUUCAAUAGUGCCAAACUAGGCGUCGGUGUCUCACUCGAUGGAAAGGGCGCCAAUAAGUCGAUCGAGUCUGAGUUCGACCUUCUCUCGGAAGAGGGCUUUGGGAAGCUCGGCAUCAGGAAGUCCGUCCACGGAAUCAACUUCAGCCACUGGUUGCCUCUCCCCAUCUCGCACCGGCACUGGGCUCAGGUUCGGGGCGACGCCAAGGUGACACUCACCCAGAUCGGAGAAUAUGCGGGCCUGGGCCGUCGCCUGACCAUCGACGUCCUGGCCGCCUUCAUGAACGACGUUGUGGUGCGCCUCAACAAGCAGGCCGAAGAGCCCGCCAAGCCGCGGGCCGUUGCCUUGCCCAGGUGGGCCAUGCCGGAUCUGUGGUGGGCGAAGCCCUCGGCGCCGGAAAGCACGCUGCGCCAUGCGUCCGAAAAGGCCAUCGAGUCGUAUUUCCACCUCUUCCACAUGCUCGUCUGCUUCGCCACCGAGGACAGGGAGCUCGUCGAGACGGCGAACCGGCGCAUCCGCGUCUUCGCCUCAGGCCAGCGCCACAAGUCCGUCUGCCCGAACCUCGGCCACCUGCUCGUCUACCUCCUCAUCAGUGACGUCGAGAUCACAGAACUGCUGCGCAAGGACAUCAUCACCGAGGCCAUCACGCGCAACGUCGUCUGGCUCUUCGACAAGCGCGGCGCCGACAUGCCGGAGCUGUCGUACCUCGAGCCGGACGCCGAGUCGCCCUACCGCCUGAAGAGGACGUUUGAGGGCGGCCGCACGUCGUACCGGCUGCUCAUGUUCUCCGAGUUGUUCCGCCGCACCGCGCGGCCGGGCCACGGAAAGCCACUGCAGCAGGUCAGGGAGGAGCUGUUUGACCGCCACGGCGCGCCGCCUCGGGGGGCGGCUGCUGCGCUGGCGGCCGAGGUGCGGCGCCUGCACGAGGUGGACAACUUCUACGACUUCUUCAGGGAGAUGGGCCUCCAGAAGAUCCCUGGCGUCAGGUGCUUCACGGCGGUGCUGCGGGCUACGGUCAAGGAUAGCGUGUCCUACGGGUAUUCGAGCUGGGGGCUGAGCCAGGACGUGGCGUAUGUGCUGCGGAGGCAGAAGGAGCGCGGUGUAGGCGUCGUUCCGGGGCUCCAGAUGUUGCGGGGCAGCGGCGAGUUCAGUGUGCCGCGGCACUUGACGUUUUUCCCGUCGAAGAGGGGGAGAGCGCGGCUGAGCGGACGCAGGAGGUGA